GGAUUCACCCUCACCUUCGCGAGAGAUGGCCCAAGCUACAGACUCUUCAGUCGUCCCGCAAACACAUUCAGACCCAUCGACCCUCUGUUUGAUGAAUGUGUUUGAAUCCUUAGAGGAGCUAGAGCAUGAGUGGUCCAGAUCAGAUCCACUAGCUUCUUGGACGACGUUAGUUAAAACUCCUAAGAGUGAAAUGUUUGUCAGCGAGGUAGUCAUAGGAGGCCGCAAGGCCGGGGCCUAUUACGACACUUGCUCGACUAGAAACUUUAUGAGUCGCGUGUGCGUUGAGAGGCUGAGCUUACAAGGGCAAGUGCAGCGCCUGAGUCGACYUGUGGAGUCGACCUGUGCCAACAAACAGCGUAUGGUAGUUAAUGACUACCUCCCUGAUGUAGAGUGUGUUUUCCCGUACGCGGGAGGGGACUUGAGACAUCGUGUCUCGUUCCUGGUCAGUGACGAGCUCCCAAUGGACAUGUUACUAGGUAUGUACUACCUCUCUGUAGCACAGCCCCAGUUUGACUGGGACAAAAAAGUGGUCAAACACACGUUGCAAGGUGGAGGGACCGCCAGAUUACAAAAGUUCAAAGCUAGUAGUCUGAUUGAGUCCUAUGGGUGCAYGUGUGCGGCCGCAUUCUAUAAUUAUUAUAAGCAAAAUCAGGAGGAGGGUACGUACUUAGUCUAUGUCUCUGCUGCAGGCGAGCCGGGGAAAAUGCCGCUAGAGAUAGAGGGAGUAGUUGCUAAGUACCCUGAUCUAUUUGAAGAGCCGACAGGGGUUGUUGAGAGGGAAGUCGUCCACGGGAUAGAGAUUAUCCCAGGGUCUAGUAUUCUAAGAGGUAGGAUCUAUCGGAUGUCUCCAGGCGAGCUUGAUGAGCUUCGCCGCCAACUCAACGUAGAGAAGGGUUGGAUCCGACCGAGUGUCUCUCCUUAUGGGUCUCCAGUUUUAUUCGUACCUAAGAAGAAGGAGGGAACUCUAAGGAUGUGCAUUGACUAUAGGGGCCCCAAUGCCAUCACGGUGAAGAACAGAGAGCCCCUACCGCGCAUCGAUGAUCUGUUAGAUAGAGUGCAAGGGUGUCGGUACUUCGGUAAAAUACAUCUGAAGUCCGGGUACCAUCAGAUUGCAAUCCGGCCCGAGGACCAACACAAAACCGCAUUUCAGACCACGUACGGUCUAUACGAGUUUGUGGUGAUGCCUUUUGGUCUUUGCAAUGCUCCUGGCACCUUUCAGCACGCGAUGAAUCGGAUAUUCCAUGACUACUUGUAUAAGUUUGUCGUCGUGUACGUCGAUGACAUACUUAUUUUUAGUAAGACUGUCGAGGAACACGUAGCACACUUAGACAAAGUUUUGAGUCUCCUGCGACAACACAAGUUCAAGAGCAACGGUGAAAAGUGCGAGUUUGGCCGCACCCGUAUCUUGUACUUAGGUCAUGAGAUCUUCGCGGAAGGGUUGAAGCCCGAUGACGCGAAGGUGGUCAACAUUCGUGAUUGGCCACGUCCUCAGUCUGUGACUGAGAUGAGAUCUUUCUUAGGAAUGACAGGUUACUAUAGGACUUUCGUUAAGAACUAUAGCAUUGUGGCCGCUCCUUUGACUGAUCUGACCCGCCUUGACACCCCUUGGGAGUGGACAGAUGAGUGCGAGGCUGCUUUCAGACAUCUGAAGCAUGCAUUGACGCACUAUGAAGUCUUGAAGCUACCCGAUCCUGAUAAGCCAUUUAUAGUAACCACGGAUGCUAGCCAAUAUGGCAUUGGCGCCGUGCUUGCACAGCAGGAGGGGCCAAAGUUGAGGCCAGUAGAGUACAUGUCCAAGAAAAUGCCGUCUCAGAAGUUGGCUAAGUCCACUUAUGAGAAGCAACUCUAUGCGCGUUGGAUCGAAGUCAUUGAGCAAUAUGACUUUGACCCUCAGUAUCUCAAAGGGGAGUACAACAAGGUUGCUGAUGCCUUGUCGCGCAGACCGGACUUCUCCGGUGCGCUGAUUACUGAGUUCGAUCUGACGGACGAUGUUACUCACUCUUUGGCGGAAGCCUAUCGUCAGGACCAGUUUAUGUCUGAGAUCAUAUGCAGACUUGAGGCGAAGGAUAAAAAGACCUCCGCCGAGUUUGAGUUGGUCAAUNAAGUCUUGAAGCUACCCGAUCCUGAUAAACCAUUUAUAGUAACCACGGAUGCUAGCCAAUAUGGCAUUGGCGCCGUGCUUGCGCAGCAGGAGGGGCCAAAGUUGAGGUCAGUAGAGUACAUGUCCAAGAAAAUGUCGUCUCAGAAGUUGGCUAAGUCCACUUAUGAGAAGGAACUCUAUGCGGUAUACAAGGCUCUCACCCAUUGGAGACACUACCUCCUUGGGCGGUUCUUCAUCCUCCGGACUGAUCAUCAGACCCUGAGAUGGAUGAGAACACAGCCGGUACUCUCUGACGCUCUAGAGCGUUGGAUCGAAGUCAUUGAGCAAUAUGACUUUGACCCUCUGUAUCUUAAAGGGGAGUACAACAAGGUUGUUGAUGCCUUAUCGCGCAGACCGGACUUCUCCGGUGCGCUGAUUACUGAGUUCGAUCUGAUGGACGAUGUUACUCACUCUUUGGCGGAAGCCUAUCGUCAGGACCAGUUUAUGUCUGAGAUCAUACGCAGACUUGAGGCGAAGGAUAAAAAGACCUCCGCCGAGUUUGAGUUGGUCAAUGGAUUGCUGUUCCUAGAGAAGGCAGGGAAUAAAUGUUUGUGCGUUCCAAAUAGCGAGUCUUUGCGUAGUUUGUUUUUAGGCGAGUGUCAUGAUGCCACCGGCCAUUUUGGGUACAAGAAGACCGCAGCCAACUUGCUGCAGCGGUUCUGGUGGCCAACAAUGAUGAAAGAUGCACAGCUGUACGUGGAAAAUUGUCAACCACACGAAGAAGUGCUUGUGGCUGCUUCCUACCUGGAGGGUAGUGCAGCGAGAUGGUUGAGUGGGUUAGUGCAGCUCCAGGGGUACGGUCAUGUCUUCCGCUCUUGGGCAGUCGCUCAAAAAUUGGAGGACUUCCUGAAAAUGGUGGAAGACAGGUGGCAUGAUCUGCAGGAGGCUCAAAAGGCCACUGAUGCGAUCCUGACACUGCACAAGCGGCAGUUUAAGUCAGUAAGGGAUGCCACCGACGCUGUAGAGCGUUUGAUUUAUGUUCCAGGGGUACGCUACGACCCUCAGGUCCUGCUAACUUCGUACUUGAGGACCUUAUCUCUGCCGCUCAGGAACCAGUUGGCAAAAGAGGCCAACAUUAAUAUGCACAACUUUCCUUCGUUCAGCAAGGUGGCCCUAGACCUAGAAGCAAAGAUAGGGCAUGGACAGGCACCCACUACGGAAGGGAGAAAGAAGACACUGCCUCCCAACUGGAAGGCGAGAGGUCAAAUCAUGUUUGUCGACAACGAUGGAUCAACCAUCGAGUUGGACGACAACUUCCAGGAGGGAGUAGGUGCAGAGGCGGGUGGCGAAACUUCAGAGGGUGGAGUAGUCGCCGCUGUACAGCAAAAAGGUAAAGGGAACGGUAGACGCCCUAGGGGAUCCGGGUCGAAGAGUCAAACAGACGUCAAUGCUCCUCCAUGGGAGAAAGCGGGUCUAGCUGAGGACGUGUGGAGAGAUUGGUGGGCACGGCAAGCUUGUAUCAAGUGUGGCCAAUAUGGUCAUAGCAUGUACAAGUGCCGCAAUAGGAAGGUCACCGAGAAGAUCCCGCCCACUCUGGGGUCGGCAGUAGGAUCCUCUCAAACCUUUGGGGUUGUUGGGAGGGAGGUCGUCCACGCGAUAGAGAUUAUCCCAGGGUCUAGUAUUCGUAGGGGUAGGAUCUAUCGGAUGUCUCCAGGCGAGCUUGAUGAGCUUCGCCGCCAACUCAAGGAACUCGUAGAGAAGGGUUGGAUCCGGCCGAGUGUCUCUUCUUAUGGGUCUCCAGUGAUAUUCGUGCCUAAGAAGAAGGAGGGAACUUUAAGGAUGUGCAUUGACUAUAGGGGCCUCAAUGCCAUCACGGUGAAGAACAGAGAGCCCCUACCGAGCAUCGAUGAUAUGUUAGAUAGAGUGCAAGGGUGUCGGUACUUCAGUAAAAUACAUCUGAAGUCCGGGUACCAUCAGAUUGCAAACCGGGCCGAGGACCAACACAAAACCGCAUUUCAGACCAGGUACGGUCUAUACGAGGUUGUGGUGAUGCCUUUUGGUCUUUGCAAUGCUUCUGGCACCUUUCAGCACGCUAUGAAUCGGAUUUUUCAUGACUACUUGGAUAAGUUUGUCCUCGUGUACCUCGAUGACAUACUUAUUUUUAGUAAGACUGUCGAGGAACACGUAGCACACUUAGACAAAGUUUUCAGUCUCCUGCGACAGCACAAGUUCAAGAUCAACGGUGAAAAGUGCGAGUUUGGCCGCACCCGUAUCUUGUACUUAGGUCAUGAGAUCUCCGCGGAAGGGWUGAAGCCCGAUGACGCGAAGGUGGCCAGCAUUCGUGAUUGGCCACGUCCUCAGUCUGUGACUGAGAUGAGAUCUUUCUUAGGAAUGACAGGCUACUAUAGGACUUUCGUUAAGAACUAUAGCAUUGUGGCCGCUCCUUUGACUGAUCUGACCCGCCUUGACACCCCUUGGGAAUGGACAGAUGAGUGUGAGGCUGCUUUCAGACAUCUGAAGCAUGCAUUGACGCACUAUGAAGUCUUGAAGCUACCCGAUCCUGAUAAGCCAUUUAUAGUAACCACGGAUGCUAGCCAAUAUGGCAUUGGCGCCGUGCUUGSGCAGCAGGAGGGGCCAAAGUUGAGGCCAGUAGAGUACAURUCCAAGAAAAUGCCGUCUCAGAAGUUGGCUAAGUCCACUUAUGAGAAGCAACUCUAUGCGGUAUACAAGGCUCUCACCCAUUGGAGACACUACCUCCUUGGGCGGUUCUUCAUCCUCCGGACUGAUCAUCAGACCCUGAGAUGGAUGAGAACACAGCCGGUACUCUCUGACGCUCUMRWGCGUUGGAUCGAAGUCAUUGAGCAAUAUGACUUUGACCCUCAGUAUCUYAAAGGGGAGUACAACAAGGUUGUUGAUGCCUURUCGCGCAGACCGGACUUCUCCGGUGCGCUGAUUACURAGUUCGAUCUGAKSGACGAUGUUACUCACUCUUUGGCGGAAGCCUAUCGUCAGGACCAGUUUAUGUCUGAGAUCAUACGCAGACUUGAGGCGAAGGAUAAAAAGACCUCCGCCGAGUUUGAGUUGGUCAAUGGAUUGCUAUUCCUAGAGAAGGCAGGGAAUAAACGCUUAGGGAAACAAAAGGGGAUACUCAGGGAACUCCCUCAUGACAAGAUAAAUUUUACAACGGUUCUCAGGUUGGCUAUGAAAGCCGAAGCAGAUGACUAUAAGGCUUUAGUUUGGAGAGGAAUGCGACGACGCGACAUCUCUCUUUAUCGAGAGUACAAUACAGAGAAGUGUCCUGACUUCAAUGAUCAACCUUGGGCGGAUCGACGAUAUUUUUUGGAUGGAGUCCGACUGCACCGACAUACAGAGACUGUGGUGGAUGAGAUGAGGGAGAUGAGGGAGAUGAUCGAGGUUUUGACUCGACAAGUCGCCACGAUAGAGGCGAAGACGAAGACUGUUGGAUAUCAGGCGAGGAACGGUUCAUCGAACUCGCUGAGGUACGAUCGAGUUAGGACUGGUUCAGCGUACUCGCUGAGGUGGGAUAAUCGCGACCCAGGACCGUGGAGAGACACGGACGAUAGAAACUCUUGGACACUAGUAGAUUAUCGAGCGAGGGAGCAGCGAUAUCAUAUACGUCGGGACAAUCCCCCUAGGUACCUGGACAAGGAUCGAGAUCGACAGGUUGCCUAUUAUAGAGACUAUACGAGAGAUAGGGACAACGAGUAUCGAGGACACGGUCAAGUGGAGACCUAUCCUCACAGCCCGAGAUAUGAUCCAGGUCGCGAAGACCUCCGGGAUGCAGAGGAGUCUCCUAAGAGUCUAGAUAGAUAUUAUCAUGCGACGGUGAGAGACCAACGCGACAAUCCCCGCGAGCGACACGAGAGGAGACAUGUUGAUCGGGACCAUCGUGAUGACGCCAGAGGACAACGAGAGACUGGCCCGUGUACUCAAGACGUAAGGGUAUCAGGCGGACACGAAGGAUGCAUACGUGUAGAGACUCAACCUUCUUCUCCUCGUAACACAUGCGUCUAUUGUUGUUCGGAUGACCAUAUCGGGAGAGAUUGCCCCGAUCUUCAUAAGGCAAUAGACUAUGGCGUAGUGGGACUUAAGGACCGAUGGUCCGUCAAGAGAACCGACGAUCUGAGAGAUGCAUCCAUACUUUCUUCGAAGGAGGGGGACUUGGAGGUCAUAGAAGCGUCGUCGGACAAGGUAAAGGUGACCGUAAAGAGUCGGAGUGUCGAGAUUUUCUUACCAUCAGGAGGCAAGACGCGUAUAGCGCCCAACCACGUCGCCUCUACCAAAUCAUCGUAGGCUCUUUCCUCCAAGCAGAGGGUUGACCCAAUGGAUCGAGAGGGAGGGAAAGAAGAACGAAGCUUACUACGACCACG